AUGAUGUCUAGUUUAGUAACGGAAGAACAAAAGGAUGUCUUAGAAAUAACAUGUCAAGAAGAAGAAUUAUCUGCUAAUUAUUUUGUAGAACCGGAUUAUUUAGAAGAAGAAAUUAUAGGUGAUGAAGUAUUAAAUAUUAUGCAGAAAUUUGAAAUCAAAGAAAAAAUUAGUCUAGAAUGCUUAAAAUAUAUUGCAGGAUUUGUAGCAUAUAAAUUUAAAAAUAAAUAUUCUCUUGGUAUUCCCACAAAAAAAAUGGAGACAUCUGAGGUACCUGACUGGCUAAGUACGAUUUCCAGAGGCUCUCUUCUAUAUCCAAAUGACGAAUUAUGGAAAAUAGCGCAGAUAUUAGAAUCCGAAUAUUUUAAGAUGCAUGGAAACUCUUUAAGCAAAGAAAAAAGAAUUUUUCAUAAAUUGGCCCAAAAAACUUUAGAUCAGUUGCCAAACACAUCAGUGCCAUUUGAGGAAAUAUCUUUACGUCCUAGGAAAACAACAUGUUUAGAGGAUGAACCUGUUUCCAAAAAAUACAAAACAUCAGGAAAUGAUUUAAUCAAAAUCAACGUGCCAAGGGACUAUUUGUUUACCGAAAUAAAGAGGGUUGGAGGAGAAGACGAAGAAAACGAACGAAGUACUAAUUUAUCCCAAGAUUUACUGCGACCUAGAGUAGAUAAAGGCAUGUCGGGAGAUAUUUUAGUUGUAUCCAGAGAUAAGGCCCAUGAAAAACUCUAG